CUCUGCAGUGCAAGAGAGCAUCUGGACCCACACGACACCUCACCCUAAUCCCCCACACUGAGUUGCCAGGGCAACCAUGGACGGACUACGCCUGCCACCGGUCAUCGAGGAGGUCAUGGACCCUGCAGAUGACAUAUGUGACCUGAAGGUGGAGAGGCCUGGCAUUGUGGACAAGCUGACGGCCAAAGAGAGGGAGUCCCUGGAGGAGAACGAUGAGAAGGAGGAGAAAGAGAAGGAGGUGGAGGUGGGGAACGGCGAGAAGGGCCAGCAGGAGGAGCAAGGAGAGGAGAAGGAGGUGAAAGGGGAGGAGGACGAGGAGGAGGAAGAGGAGGAGGAGGAAGGAGGAAUGUUAGAGGAGGAUGACUUGGAGGAGUUGAGGUCCCAGGUGCUGCAGCUGGUGUUGGAGCUGGAGGAGGCCAGGGAUGUGUCUCAACGACAUGAAGAGAGCUUCAUGGAGCUACAGGGUCUGUUGGAAGAUGAGCGUCUGGCCAGUGCUCACCAGGCAGAGAGCUUUACCAGACAGAUCCAGAGACUGCAAGCUCAGCUGCGUUCGGUCCAGGAGGAGAUGGACUCUCUGGAGGAGGAGAAGGAGAGUGAGCUGGGGGAGGUGCAGGAGGAGCUGAGGUCUGCCCAGGAGGAGGUGCUGGUGCUGCAGCAGGCGGGGGAGGAGGCAGCAGCGGAGAGGGAGAACGACAUCGCCUCCCUGCAGGAGGAGCUGUGUCGUCUGAGGGCUGAGCUGCAGCGUCUCCGCACCACGGCCCAAGAGUACGAGCUGGAGAUCACCACCCUGCGUGCUGAAAUCAGUAUGAAGAGCAUGAGGAGGGAGGGAGAGACUGACGGUGAGUUAAGCCAGCUGACGGCGGAGUGUCAUACGAUUUCAGACGAGUGUCAGACCCUGAAGGACGAAAACAAACAGCUAAGCCUCAAACUGCAGCAGCUACAGCGAGCCGGCUCCAAUGAUGUCUACCUGGCCUUGAGAGGGGAGGGGGAUGAGGACCAGAAGGAUGAGGGUGUUGGGCAGGAUGAGGAAUCAGUGAAGGCUGGAGGCUACAUGACCCUGUCUCAGACCCAGGGUGGGCAGACCCAGACUGGGCAAGGUGGGUGCUUGGUGGAUGCCUCCAUCCAGAAGAACAUCUCGUUCGAUGGCAAGCCUAUCACCAACUGGAACGGGGGACCCUCUGAAGCCUUCUCCCUACGAGACCAGCUCAAACUGGCUGAAGAGAGGGCCUCGCAAGUACAGAGACAAUGUGAGGGGUUGAAGGGGGAGCUUGCGAACCUGCAGGGGCUGUUUGACUGCAGCCAGAAGGAGAGGAUUGAGCUGGAGCAGGAACUGCAUCACUAUAGGGCGGAGCUAGAGAGGCUUGGCGGCAAGAAGUCACAGAACUGCACUCCUCCGUCUGAGCCCCCUGUUCUCUCCAUCCCCUUCAUAGGAAUGAUUGUAAUAAUGGCCCUGAUAUGGUGCUGGUGGGAGGAGCUGGCAUCCUAGAGGGGACCAGGAGAGCGAGGGAGGCUGGAACCUGGUGGCGGUGGUUGCCGUGGCAGCGCUUGUAGUCCUGAUAGUCCCCAGCCUUUCUAGAGCAUUUACCUGAGGACUACACAGAAAGGAAGUCACUGUACAGGAAAUGACUGUGCCGGUUGCCCAUGGCAACACUGGCAAUGCCAUGCCCCUAUCUCAUGAUGCCCCUGUCAAAUCUCCUCCUCGCUUCAUCUUCCAAGGAGGACUACAUCGAAAACAUUUUCACCAGGAAAUACAACACAAGAAGGAAGUAGUCCCAUACAUUACUCAAGGAGAAAUACAUAUACCUGUUUAAGCCACUCUAAUGAUAAGGACUGCAAUAUCUUAUUUCUCUCUUUAAAGUCCUUCAGUUUGACUCAAUCGGUUUCCCUCUCUACUACUCUUCUCUCUGCACUUCUUUAGAUAAACUUACGAGUUUAGGGGAACAGCAUUAUAUAACAGUGAUUGCCUCGGAGUUUGUGGCAGUACUGUGUCUGCAUGGGCGUCAAUGGAAAGACACAAUUUAGCACAGAACAUGUCUGAGCAUUUAUUGAUUGAUUGGUUGAUGGUUUAUUGUUUGAUUGGUUGAUGGUUGAUUGGUUUAUUGUUUGAUUGGUUGAUGCUUGAUUGGUUUAUUGUUUGAUUGGUUGAUGCUUGAUUGGUUUAUUUACAACCUGUAAAGGUUGAAUUGUGAAAAGCUCAUGCCUUAUUGUUUCCUUUGCACAUAUUGAGUCACUGAUAAGAUGUUUCUCUUUCUAAUGGGCAUGUGGUCUUUUCCCAGAUCCUACCCCUCCUUUUGAAUCACUUUCAACAUUGCCAAUGCGAAUGUCUCUGCUACACUUUGCGUGUCUUUACGGCUCACAAUUGACUAUCUUAACACUUUUCCUUCUGUUUCUGUUGUGGCAUGCUCUUUUUACGUUUAAAUGAAGUUGUGUGGAGGAGGGUUUGAUUAUGUGAGUUUGAUGUAUUGGAUGUUUGUCUCCUUUGUAAAUGUUUUUUUCUCUCUCUCGUCUGCGUCUGUCACUCUCUGCACUUUCUCCUUAUUGGUUAUUGGUUAUAUCUGCAUGUGUAUGGAACCACAACCACUAUACACAUCUAUACAGAUGAACAAUACAAUCAUAAAUGCAACUUGGGGUAUUCAAUUUGACAGUCCAAAUGAUUUCCAGCUAGAUAUCUAUUUUUGUAGCCGUAGGAACAAAUUGUCCCCAAGACUGAGGAGUUAUUUAAUGACUGAUUCCACUGUGUUUGGUUCUGCUUAGAAACAGAACUUAACAAGGCUCGUUAUUUGAAACAGAGAGUUAUUUUUGCAAAUAGACAUUUGUGUUUAAAUGUUUUGCGUUCUUUUUUUAAUAUUAAUCGUCACACGCAUUCUGAAAAAUGACAAACAAUCACUAUAGGCCACCAAAAUGAAAAGUGGAGCCAGUGAUGAAAUGUGGACCAUUGUUUUCCAAGAUGCGUAUUUUGGGUGUCGUUCUCUUACCCAGUCUUUCGUCUUGUACCGCUUGCGUUCUAAUCGCUGAUAUCUAUGUUCUCUAACGAUGAUGCCCUUUUCUUUGUUGGCACGAAGCACACAGUUUAUUCACAGGUUCUGCAACUGCAACUUGCCUGCAAUGCAUGGGAACUUUUCAGUGUCAUUGCUGUAAACUUGACACAACACAUUCCAAUGAUAGAUUGACUUAACAACAACAGCGAGGUGACACUGUUGUCAUGGAGAAGACGUCUAACCUUUACUCUGCCGUUUCGGCACCUACGGAGUGCACCGAGAAUACUUUCUGACUCUUACUCUACCUUUGGCAUGAUUUAGCUACCAUGUAAAUACAUAGCAAGGCAAAUCAUUUAAACUCUUUUGCGUGACCUGUGGAGCAAAAAGUCAGAAAUGCGCUUUGCAUUGGAGGUGGGACGGUGGCGUUAUUUUAGAGUGAAAUGGCCUUUGUCCGAGAACACACAACGACUAUGACUGAGAGCGCAAUCUAACCAUAAAUGUUUUCUUUUCUAGAGGAUCGUUUGUGAGAAACGUGCACAGGAUGCAGUAAGCGUUAUAGCUGGUGCCUGGAUUCGUAGUGUGCUGUCAUGACUGACAGUUAGUUGGCUUGUUUCAUAGAUGUAUGCAGGCGAGCUAAUUCGCUUAAUUCCGUGGGUGUGUAGGUGACAAGACAUUGAAAGCGUGCUUAGCCAAUAUUCUUCUGUAUUCCAAUAUCCCAUUGUAGAGUUAUAGCAUUAUAAAUAUGUAUAGGUAAUUACUACUUCUAGUUUGUGCUAUGAAUCAAUAAAUUACUACAAUAAGUAUAUAAUAUUAGUUUCACUACAUGUUUCACAGUCAUAACUGUGUGAUGGGCAAUUGAACACUGAGGUGUACUGAAAAACAUGAAUGCUUAUAGGCUAUGCAUAGAAUAUUUUUUCCACAGUGCAGAGACAAUAUAAGACCUCAUUGGUAGGUUAAUGCAUGCUACAGUGUAUGUAAAAACGAUAUCUGUAGUUUUGUAACAAAAUGUGGUAUUUGUAUUGUGUUGUAAAUAGGAAAUAGUUUUUCACAGUUUAAUAACAUGGUUUGUUGAUUGAGAGCAGUUCUAGAUUGAGUAGAGGGUUCUUUUUGAAUUGACUGAACACAGCCAGUGUAUGAAUAGUGAAUAUGUGUGAGACAGUAACAUGUAUAGCCAUUGCAUGUUAGACUUAGUAAACAACUUGCAUGCCUAUUGAUGGAUAGAUCUAGUUCCUGUAGUGACAGUCAUUUCAGCCAAUCCAUUGUGACUGUCUUCAUGCAUGACUAAUCAGAAUCAUUUGUGAUUUUCUUCUUACUAUUUCAGUCUCUCUUAGUUGAUUUACUACUUUACUGGGUUGUCACUAUUAAUAUUUUCACUUUGGUUUCAUACAGUCCCUUCUAUUCUAUCACACUCUACUCUAUUCUACUUUUCUUCUUAAAUUGUCUGGUCUCUACAAUGUGUAUAGAUUGUUCGGGUAUUUAUCUUCACUUUUCUGCUGUGCUUCAAAUACUGUAAAAUCCACUGACAGUGUCCUUUUCUUUCUACCCUGCUUCUAUUCCAGCAUGGAAGCUUAAACAGUAAAGGAGAGACACAUUACGGAAACUAUUCUACAUUUCAAAACAACCUGUGCUCUUAACUAGAAACUGGCUGCUGCUCACUGCAUGUGAUGAUGUGAAGUUUGACCUUUGACCUUAUGUAAAGCUGCAGCUCGUUCUGUAUGUCUCUCUGUCUGGGUCUGUGUGACAUGGCUAAUGUCAAUGUCUCUUUUAUGCAGCGCUGAAUCCGAUGUUGCCAUAGUCUCUACUAGAGCACCUUGUCAGUCAAUGUCUCAAUGGGCUUUUAAUGAGAAUAUUGUGAGUAUUUUGGUAAAUAGUCUGUACAUUUUGUAAAUGAACUGAGAAAUAAAAGUAGUUUAUCCUCAUU